CAUAAGAACCUUGUUAAUCAAAUAUUCAAAUUUUAAUAAAAUAACUAACGACUCUUAGAAAUUUGUCUACCAACUCAAAAAGUUUCUAAGAAGAUGAAAGAUUUCAAGAUGAUGAACAUAAUAACACUAACCAUUCUUUGGAUUAUAGGAUCCACUGACAGUAGUGGUGAGUUUAUAGGUUCAGCUAAUUUGUAUAAACAAGUUGAUGGUGUACUAACACCUGAAUUUAGUGAUUAUGAAGGAAGUAUGGAUCUAGUUUCUUGCGUAACCUUAUGUGGAUGUAAAAACAACAAAAAUGCUGCUUUUGACAAUACAACAAAUAGUUGCUAUUGUAGUGAUGUAGCAAUAACACCAUGUGACAGCAGCAGUUGUAUUUCAGUCUAUGAUAGUUCUGGUAUCAGUAUUUCAAUUGCUGCACAAACACCUUUAAAAACAUAUGUAAACAGCCCAUUUGAUGUUAUAGUAACUUCAACUGGUAGCAUAAAUACAUUUGGCUUAGUAAUAAAUGAUAGGCUUGCAAUAUAUCCAUCUAGCACAAUAUCAUCUGUAAUAAUUGGGAUGCCGGGAAACUACUCUAUAGAAGUUGAUGCAAAUGCUUUUUAUGGAUGUCCUAGUGAAAUCCAUCAAAUGGUUGUUGAAGUUAAAGAUGUAACUUGUUCUUUUAAUGCUUCACGUCAGUUUAAAUCUCAAGUGAAUGCAACAUUUAAUAUGACUCUUGAUCUUACUGGCCCAGAUAAUUUGCAACAAUUAAAAAUUCAAGUAUUUAAAGAUGACAUUUUUUCAACAAGCUUUGCAGAAUAUAUAUAUCCAAAUCCUUCAGCUUCAAUUUAUUUGGAAAUUGGUGGUAACAGUGAAACUAAUCGAUUGCAAAGUUACACUUUAACUUUUGAUGAUAAAAAACGUUCAGCUGUUAUUGUCAGUCUCAAUCAUCUGAUAUCAUCAUCAGGUGUUAUAACAGGAUUUAGUGCCUUUGUCACAAAACUUGGAGGAAUUAGGUUUUUGAUUUUGCAGACAGCCUGUGAAGCGUAUAGUGGAUUAAAAUCGUGUUUUCUUUCAAGAAAAUGUGAUUUAGUAUCCACUAAAUGUGCACCAGUUUCCAAUACAUAUGUUCCGAAUAGUGCAAGUGACAUUUUUUACCCAUAUUACACUGUUUUUGGAUCAACUACCUUGACACCUUGGACAUUUCCACAGAUUUUUUUUAAAGUUGUAUAUAGCUUUACAGUCAAUGCAACAGUUAUAGGUCAAAAUGAUUUUGUAGUACCAUACAAUGAUCGUUUUACAACAACACCUGGUCAGUUUUUAGCAUGGAUGCCUGAUUAUAGUAACGAUACCCCUGGAGAUGUUGCAUUCAAUUCAAUUGAUCCUUCUAGUCAGUUCCAAUCAGUCCAUUAUAAUGAGAUAUUUGAUGUUUACAUAAACCAAACAUUUGAUAAUUAUUGGUAUACACUAACCUCUCUAUAUGAGAUAUCUAAUACAGAACAUAUGAUUAGUUUGUAUCUAGAAGUUCCAUCAACAUAUUAUAUAGAACAAUCAGCGGAUUACCCUGAUGGUACUGAUUUCACUGUAAAAGCUUUUGUAACAGAUUCUAAUGGUAAUGAAAAAAUUUUAUGUAUUGGAAAAACCUCUAUUGUCACUGAUAUAAAAAAUUUAUCAUUAUCUACUUUGGAUUUAUCAACAAAUGUGUUAACUGAUCGAGUUAUAUUGUUUAAUGUCAGUGGAUUAGGAACUGCGGAAGCAAGUUAUGCUGUCUAUUGGGAUGAAUUUGUUACAAAAAAAAUUGGAGUUUAUGAUGAAAUAUUCAAUACCUCGGAGCUAACACAUACCUUUACUAAACCUGGUUUAUUUAAUGUUACCGUAAAAGCAUUUACUGAUUUGAGUUUUCAAAUAACAAACCUUACCUUAAAUGUUACAUGCGGGUUACGUAAUUUGUCUUUUUUUAAUACAAAUGAAGAUCCAAUAAGAGCAAAUGGAUCAAUUAAUCCUGUUGCAACAUCUGAAAGUCAGCUAAGCGUUGAUGUAAGUUUAACUGGGUGUGGUUUGAUAACAAUAAACUAUUUUCUUGAAAGUGAUACUUUGCAAAUGAAUGGUAGCUCAGCUUUAUGGUUAGGUGAAAGUUCAAUAUAUGACAUAUCAACAAACAUUUUUCAAAAACUUGCCCAAACUAUCAAUAUCACAAUUUGUGCAACUAAUAAUUUAGAAACAGAAUGUAUAAAUGAUUGGGGCUACAUUGAAGAUGCCAUUAAAAACUUUGAUCUUGUUGUUACUACUAUGGAAACAAAUGUUAGUGGACUUCUCAAUAUUUCUAAAACUACAAUAGGUACAAAUAAAACAUAUUGUGUUGAUUGGGGAGAUGGAAGUUCAACUUGCACUAAUGGGACUUAUGAUGUUCCCUCCAUUAAUCAUACUUAUACCAGGUCAGGAAACUACAGUGUGUUUGUUUUAGUUUUUAAUAGAAUUAGUCGAAUGAACAAAACAGUACAACAAGAGGUUCAAGAUAGAACUUAUGGAUGUAAUAUUGAAACUAAACCAACAGUUUAUAUGACGCCAACUGAGAUAUUUUAUAGCAUUGAUAAUGGAACUGGUAUUGACAUUUAUUUAGAUUGGGGUGAUGGCAAAACAAAAAAUGUAGUUUAUGAUAUGGAUAUUUCCUUGAAUAAUAGCUUAAUUAGUUUUCAAGAUAUUUUAGUUGGUUUAAGAGGUUUUGCUUCGUUUCAAUAUACAGUAAAACAAGAUUAUAAUAUUUGUUUAUCUCUUAUCAAUGAUAUUAGUAAUGCCUCAUGUUGUGUUAUAGCUAUAGUUGAAGAUGAAAUAAAAGACCUUUAUAUAAAACUAGUGCAAGAAUAUGAAGGUACCAAUAAAACAGAUUGGAUUGAAGAAAAUGAAACUCUUUAUUUGACAUCGGAACAUAACGCUGAAGCAAAACGCGUUCUCUUUCUGGUAAAUUUAGAUAAUGGAACUUUGUUUAACACUACAAGUCAACUUGUAAAUACAUCAUAUUCUCCAUGGAGGCUUUGUUACAAUUACUCAGUGGUUGCUACAAAUCCUGUUUCUAUUGAAUCUGCUUCAAAAAAUUUGUGUGUUCAACGUCCCCUAUAUGCUAUUAACUCUUCAAGAUUUGUUCAUGUUCCAACAAGUUCAACAAACGUAAUGUCAAUCAAAUUAACAUUUAUUUUAGGAAAUUAUUUUGAUUGUUUUUUUAACUUUAGCGAUGGAAGUGCUGCAAGUAUAUUUUUCAUCAGUUAUACUGAUUUUAUUGGACCAGUUGGUUUUAUAGAGGCAAAUCAUCAGUUUUUAGCUGGCCAGUACAAUGUCACACUCUCGUGCACAAAUCGUUUGUAUGAUUUUUUUGCUUCUACCAUUGUUUUAUCACAAGAUCCUGUUAUUAAACCAUAUCUUGAUAUUAAAGCACGUUGUUACAACAAUAGUAUUGUUACUGACCUUGCACUUGUAAGAGAUAUAAAUGAUAUGGUAAUGAGUGCUGACUGCAACAUUUUUAUAAGUGUACAAGAUCAAUCUGGUUCAAAUGUUAGUGUGUUUGGAUUACUGGUUAUUGAUGGUAAUAGUAAAGGAAAAUUUUUAGCAAUUAAUAAUACCAUUGAGAUUCAAAAAAGUUAUUGGUCUGGUUCAAUGAUUUAUAUGGCAAAAGUCUGUGUUAACUCGACCAAUAAUGUUAGUACAGACCUCACUUGUUCAAAUAUCAAAUUAGUUACACCUGUUUCAUCAUUUAGAGUAAAAGCUGGAAGUGGUUCAGUUUAUACACCAAUAAGUUUCACAGUAACUUUUCAACCUCCUCUCCCAGGAAAUCCAUGUUUGUCAAUUGAUUAUAAAGAUGGUACACCUUACCAAGUUUUUGGUGGAACCAAUUGUAAUAAACCUACAGGUCCAAUAAAUGAUCCGUCCACUAAUACUUUUAGUAAUACAUACAAAAGCCCUGGUAUUUACAGUAUACUCUUUAUUGCAUAUAAUCAAGUGUCAUCUGUGAGUCAAAUAGUUUUAUUACGUAUAACCGAUGUUCCAUGUUACUCCCCAUAUAUUGAAAUUGCAAGUUCUGCUGCAAGCAGCGAGGAAAAUUUAAACAGCAAUCAAAAUUUUUACAAAUGCAAAAAUACAACCUUUAAAUACGUUAUGAGAAGAAACUGCUCAAGAAGUAAUGCAAUUUUAGUAAGGAAUAUUGUUAUUGAAUAUAAAGUAAGCAAUUCAACAUGGUCUAAAGUUGUUGAUGAAAAUUUAGGUGAAAGGUAUAUUCUUAUGGGUAAAAGUCUUAAUAAAUAUGGUGUUUAUAGAGUUAAUUACAUCGGACAGAUGGUAGACAAUAGAACAGGUGAUGUAAUUGAUAGUACAACAGCUGUGAAAAAAGGUUAUUUCAAAAUUGUACCUUGUCCAUUAAGAAUUAUUAUUGAUGGAGGUUAUGAAAAAACUGUUGAACGAGGCAGUGAUAUCAUUAUCAAUGCAACACAAAGCUAUGAUCCAGAUGAUGAUAAUGCUAUUUUAAAUGUGAAAUGGUUUUGUGCUCAGAGCGGGAAUUAUAAUGGUACUGAUUUGGAUAGCUUAAAAAAAAUUGAAUAUCCAACUGUUGAUUUAGCAACUUAUACUAAUGUCGAUUUUAUUUCCAAGGAAUGCUUCUCUAAUACGGAGGGACCAACACAAUUAAAUGAUAAAGGACUAAUGGGGUUAAAAUUUGUUCUAAAAUCUAGUUAUUUAUGGUACUAUUGUUAUGAUUUACGUUUGAAAAUUACAAAAUCAAUGGAUCAAUUUAGUCGCCAGACCAUUAGGGAUAUAACAGUAUGCUUAAAAGACAAAGAACCACUUAGUGUAUUAGUCAAGUGUGAACAAAAUUGUGAUGCCUUGAUUGACCCAAAUUCAAAACUUUCUUUAAGUUCAUCAGUCUCCAACAAAGCAAAGUGUUCACAAAUCAGUUAUAAUUGGAUGGUUUUGCGCACCUCUUUAAUGGAAGAUAAUUCUAACUAUGAAGAUAUUACAGAAACAAUUAAUGCAACAACAGGUUUUGUCAUGCGCAACCUUGUCAUUAAAGCUAAUAGUUUAAAUUCAGCCUACAAAUACAAGUUUCGCGUGAAUGCAUCAUGUUUAAGUGGUGAACUGUCAGGUGUUUCUGGAGCAGGUGCAGAAAUUGUUUAUGUAAACAAACCUCCAGAUGUGUCACAAGCAACCUGUAAAGUUUUUCCAGAUACAGGUGUUGCAGUUCAGACAGAUUUUGUAAUUGUAUGUACUGGAGUAACAGAUGAUCAAAUGCCACUUUCCUAUGCUUAUCAAUACAAUUGUAAUGACACUUGGUCUAUGAUAAGUACAGCUCGAACAAUUUCUAAUUUAACAUUCAAACUCCCCCCUAGUAAAAGAACAAAUGGUAGUUGCUCUUUACGUGUAUUAGCACGAGAUAGCUAUGGAGUUCUAUCAGAUCCAUUUCCAAUGACACCUUUAGAAGUUCAGGUUGCAGAUUUUGAUGUAGGAGCUAAAAGAAAUAAAAGAUCAAUCAUUGACCUGCCUACACAGUUGUGUAACAACUUGACAUCUGAUUUUGCAUUAAGUUCACAAUUUUUAAUUUCAAAUUACAUUACUGUUUUGUUAGAAAUGAAUAGUUCAAUGUCUUAUUCAUGCAAGAUAAGCAUUUCAUUACAACUAAAUACUUUAUGGAUUGAUACACCAGAUGACGCCAUUUUUGUUUUACAAAAUGUUCAAACCGAUGCCAACCAUAGUAUAAGCUUAUUAGCUGUGGAAAAUGUGAUAAAAAACCUUUCAAUUUUAAGUGCCAAUGAGCUAAAAGAAGUAUCUACUUUGGUUUUGGGAAAAACAUCAAGACUUGGUGGGAAGAGCUCUAUGUCUUUUUCACUGUCUCUAGAAAGUAUAAUCUGUUCGGCUGUUGCUCAGACUCUUAUAAUUGGUGAGCCAUCUACAGAAUCUAAAACUCCAUUUGGGUUAAUAACUAUUCAACAAAUUGAGCCCGGGGCUAAAUCAAUUGGUUCUUUUGACUUACCUGAUUUAGGUGGAGAUGGUGGCGGUGCCAUUGUUGGAUCUAAUGUUGAUUGGUUUACUUGGGCAAAAUAUGGAGUAAUUGAUUAUUUAUUUCCAAAUUCUUGGUACAAUGGUGAUAUAAAGGGUUAUCCCAAAGGAUUUGUGGCAGAUGCAGCAUCAUCAAAGGUGUUAGCAAUGGCCAGGUUUCGACAACUGCGUGUAACUCCAAAUUCUUGCACAAAACAUCCCGUUUUUGAAUAUUUAAUCAGUCAAUGUAAUGCAGGCUACAGUGCAUCCUCAGAAGAGAAUCAAGAUUUUAAAGCUGGUUGGUUACCACCUUUAAAUCUUACUGAAAGAAUUAGAAGAAGAAAGGGAAAAAGAAAAGCAACGUGGAAAGGUCUAGAAGAUCCUUGGCUUUAUCAAACAUCAACGCAGUUAAAUAGUCCCUUCCCAUUUAAUGGUUAUUUCAACACAUACCCUGGAUCAUCAUAUUCUGUAAGUAUUGGCCCAGAUAGAAGAACAGCAAACAAAAUUAUUAGAGAAUUAAGAAAAUUUUUUUGGGUUGACAGAUACACUAGAGCUCUUUUUACAGAAAUUAAUAUUUAUAAUGCUAAUACCAAUCUCAUGUUAAUUGUGACAUUUUUACAUGAAAUGCUCCCCACUGGUGGUUGGCACUUUUAUACAAAUGUUCAGGCCUUGCGAUUAUAUCGAUAUGUUGGCGGUCUAGGACAAUCAGUUAUUUUAUUUGAUUUAAUUUUUUCAGCUGUAACAUUUAUAGGUUUAUAUAAAGCUAUCCGAGCAUCUCGUAAAGUUGGGGUCAAAGUGUAUCUUUCCGAUCCAUGGAACCUUCUACAUGUUAUUGUUACCGGUAACUCGAUUUUAGCCAUAAUCUUUACGCUUGGUCGCAUGUUAGCUGUAAAUGCUGCAGUUGCAGAUUAUACUUCAGACCCAGAAUUAUUUGUUAGUUUUCAGUAUGUUGGCCAACUGGAGUAUCUAAUUAUUGGUUGUUUGGGCUUCAUUUUGUUUUUUACUAACCUAGAAUUUUUGCGUAUAUUGCGUUUCAAUCGUUUAAUUGCUAUGCUUUGCAAAUCUGUAGUUGUUAUGGCUAGUCCUUUAUUGGGUUUUGGCCUCAUGUUUAUAGUUUUAUUUAUGGCAUUCGUAAGUUUCACAAACUGUAUAUACGUUGAUAAGCUUGAAGAUUUUCAAUCUGUUACAAGUUCAUUUGUAGCUAUGACUCAAAUGUUUCUCGGAAAACUAUCAGUUUCCGAUUACUUUAACAAUGCUCCAGUAUUCGGUCCAAUAAUGUUUGCAUCGUAUAUGCUGUCAAUUCAAAUGGUUAUGAUAAAUUUGUUCGUUGGAUUGAUUUGUGAUUCUUUUGCAGAAGUUGGUGAACAAGAAACUGAAGAAGAACCUAGUGUAGUUGGUUUUAUUUUCGAUAGGGUUAAAAAACCUGGUAAUGAGCCAGAACCCAUAUACUCCGAAUGGAGAGAUGAAUGGGAACAAACAAUAUUUGACUUGGAAAGUGGUUGCGACAACUGUACAUAUGUAUUGAGAAACAUGGAAGCAGAUGAACUCAGACAAAAAAAAUUUUUUGAGGAAGAAGAUGAGUUGAAAAAAGAAUUGUUGGUAGCUGUGUUAGGUCUUGAUUUCUAUACGUCAGAAGUCGAGUUUUGCGAUGGAUUAUCUUCGCUGGAAAAGAAACUUUUAAAUAUGACCUCUGAAGAUGCAAAACUUUUUUUGAAACAAGCUGCUGCUAAACGACUACUCUCAUUACAACAAGAAAAUAUGCAGGAUCAAAAAUAAAAUAUGAUGAUAGAAAAAAAAUUUAAAUGCCACUUGAUUUUUCAUGAGGUUUUCACAGACAUUUUGGUAGUUGUAGUUGAAAGAAAAAAAUCGACUAUAUUUAUUCGCCAAAUCAUUUGUUACGAAAAUGGUUUUUGCACUUUUUUCUUCUUUAGCACAUUAUUUAAUAACAACAGUAAUACGUCAUCAUUACGUCAACAUCAACUAAUAUGUUAUAAAUAAUAUAAAUAAAUAACUAAUAUAU